AUGGGGGGCAUGCUGCUCCUUCUGGCGCUAUGCGUGGUCAUGGCUUUGGCCUCGUUCUUCGCCGGAGCUCUGCCUCUAUCCAUGACAUUGACACAGUCGCAGCUGCGCCUGAUAACCAGCAUCGGUGUCGGCAUCCUCGUCGGCACCUCCCUCAUUGUCAUUAUUCCCGAGGGGAUCGAGGCCGCCGCCAUGGCAACAUCGCCCUCCCACAUCCACAACGCUCGCAGCUUGGCAACGAGGGCCCCUUGGAAGUUUGCCAUGGAAAAGCGACAGGUUCACGAAAGCACGACGCCCGCAAUCGUGGCCGCGAAGCGCGACGCGGUGUCGGGCGAUGCCCUGCGCCAGUUGGUAUCCAACGCCGCGACGCCCUUGACGGCCCCUGCAUCGGUGAGGAAGAGAGAAGGCGGGCGGGCGGUCGACGACUCUGAGCCCGCCACCACGAUGCCAAGAAAGGUCGCCGGAGAGGGCGAAGAGGACAAGGGCGAGGGCAAGAAGGGGAAGGAGAAGGAAAAGGAGAAGGAGAAGGAAAAGGAGAAGGAGAAGGAGGGCGACGAGGAGGGCGGUGUCGAGGGCGACGGGGACGGGGACGGGGACGGAGAUGCGAAGCACGAGGAGCACUUCAGCAUCCCAGGCUUCGAGGUUGGCUUUUCCAUGGUCUUGGGCUUCGUCCUCAUGUUCCUCAUCGACAGAAUACCCCGGCACGCGACCGAGACCUUUCAAUCCAGCGCCGAGACGACGCACAUGAGCCUCGAUAACCUCGGAAGCGGCGAUGGCGCCGGCGAUCCCGAAUCCGUCGGCUUCCUCGACACUCUGGCGCCGACGCCGAGAAGCUCGCGCAGCAUGGCGACGACCAUGGGACUCGUCAUCCACGCGGCCGCCGACGGCAUCGCCAUGGGCGCAUCGUCGGCCUCGUCCAACAUGAGACUGGGCUUCAUCAUCUUCAUCGCCAUCAUGAUUCACAAGGCCCCUGCCGCUUUUGGAUUGACCUCGAUACUCCUGCGGCAAGGGCUGUCGAAGCGUGCGGCGAGGGGACACUUGAUCAUCUUCAGCCUCGCCGCCCCCGCCGGCGCCUUGUUGACCGGCAUGCUGGUCAGAGUCCUGGGCGGCGACCACAUCGAGGGCGAGCACGGCCAGUGGUGGACCGGCAUGCUGCUGCUCUUUUCCGGCGGGACAUUCUUAUACGUCGCCAUGCAUGCCAUGCAAGAAGAAGGUUCCCUGCAGCCGGUCAAUGAGCUUGGUCCGGGAACCAACGGCUACACGGAAGGGCCGUCGGCGAACGGGCAGCGGAAGAUGAGGGGUCCUCAGAUGCGCGACACGCUCGCCACCGUGGCGGGCAUGUUUUUGCCGCUCGUCACGCAGCUGGGGGGGCACCACCACCAUUGA